AUGUCGUGCUUGGCGAGCGCGUCCUUGCGCGUGAAGCUCUUGGGACACGACGCGUGCUUGCACCGGAAGCGCCGCCCGCCGGACAGCGCGUGCACCUCGUGCACGUGCCGCUUCAGCUCGCACCGCCGCCCGAACGUCGACGCGCACAGCGGGCACACAAACUUUGCCGACGCGCCCACUACCACCGCUACCAACUGCUCCCCGCUUGACGACGCCUUAGUCGCGCGCCGGCGCCGCGAGGGCGCCGAGCGCGGCCGCGUGAUGGCAGGGCCUGGAGAGGCCGUGGAAGGGGGAGCCAUGGUGUGGAGUUGUGCGCGCGGAGGGUGCGAUUGGGGUGGGCUACUACUCUAG